CUCGCUCUCGCCACUUCUUCGGAUGCUCUCCCGGCUGGCCAUGCUGCUGGGCGGCCUCCUCCUCGUCGUGGCCGCCGUGACUGUGGCCCAGCGGAGGGGGCAGGAGGCGGGCGGGCGCCGCCGGGCACACCGCGUCCAGCACGGCCAGUGCAGCUACACCUUCGUGCUGCCCGAGCCGGAGCCCUGCCCGCCGGAUCCGGAGCCCUUCGGGGGCUCCAACAGCCUCCAGAGGGACUCGCCAGCUGCUGCCCUGAACCUAGGGGACUGGCCUGCCCAGAGAGUGCGACAGCUGGAGAAGGUGCUGGAGAACAACACUCAGUGGCUGCAGAAGCUAGAAAGGUACAUCCAGAUGAACUUGAGGUCAGAGCUGGCCCAGGUCCAACAGCACAUGGUCCAGAACCAGACGGCCACCAUGCUGGAGCUAGGCACCAGCCUCUUGAACCAGACCACCGCCCAGACCCGCAAGCUGACUGACGUGGAGGCUCAGGUCCUGAACCAGACAUCCCGAAUGGAGAUCCAGCUACUGGAGACCUCACUGUCCACCAACAAGCUGGAGAAACAGCUACUUUUGCAGGGCCAUGAGCUCCACAGGCUGCAUGGCCGCAACAGCGCGCUGGAGACGCGGGUGCAGGCCCUGGAGACGCAGCAGCAGGCGGAGCUGGCUUCCCUCCGUGGCGAGAAGGAGCGGCUGCGGCGUCUGCUGGGCCGCCAGAGCGGCGCCCUCGCGGGCCUGGAGCGCAGCCUGCGCGCCGCCAGCGGCAACUCCAGUCUCCUGCAGCGGCAGCAGCGCCAGCUGCUGGAGUCGGUGCAGCGCCUGGUGCGCGUCGUGGCCCAGGGCCCGGCCUCUGUGAGGGCCGCUGAGCACGUGUUCCAGGACUGUGCAGAGAUCCAGCGCUUCGGGGCCAAUGCCAGCGGCAUCUACACCAUCCAUGUGGCCAAUAUGACGGAGCCCAGGAAGGUGUUCUGUGAAAUGGAGGCCAAUGGAGGCGGGUGGACUCUCAUCCAGCGCCGUGAGAACGGCAGCGUGAAUUUCCAGCGGAACUGGAGAGAUUACAAACAGGGCUUCGGUGACCUGGCGGGGGAGCACUGGCUAGGCAAUGAGGUGGUGCACCAGCUCACCAGCAGGACAGCCUACUCUCUGCGCGUGGAGCUGCAAGACUGGGAGGGCAACGAGGCCUACGCCCAGUAUGAGCAUUUCCAGCUGGGCAGCGAGGGGCAGCUGUACAGGCUUUCUCUGAGCGGGUACAGCGGGUCAGCAGGGCGCCAGAGCAGCCUGGUCCUGCAGGGCACCAACUUCAGCACCCGUGACGCAGACAAUGACAACUGCCUCUGCAAGUGUGCCCAGAUGCUAUCUGGAGGAUGGUGGUUUGACGCCUGCGGCCUCUCGAAUCUCAACGGCAUCUACUACCCAGCUCGCCACCACGUGCGCAAGCUCAACGGCAUCCGCUGGCACUACUUCCAGGGCCCCAGCUACUCGCUGCGGGCCACUCGCAUGAUGCUGCGCCCUGUGGGCAUCUGAGAAGCAGAUGCGCCUGGAGGUUGGACCCAGAGGAAGAGCCGGGACUGGGCAUCUCCUGGAAAAGCUGGACUCCAAACAUGGGACAGAGUACUGGGCGUUGUCCUGGGUCCCGUGGGUCCCCUGAGCCCAGCCGUCCUUGCCCAAAGUUAGAGGGUCCACUGCCUCCCUGUUCCCCUCCAGCUGAGAAAUGGUGGGUCAUGGGGAGAUCCUGCCUCUAUAGUGCCCCUCUGUCCUCUUCCUUUCUGUCUCCUACACGGGUCUCCUGCCAGCUUGAGGGUCACAACACACUGAAUGAGCUGAGAACAGAAUUCUUUUAGGUGUUCGAAGAAAUACAUGACUAACAGUCCACUCCUCCGAGGCCCCAGCAUCUGGAGCUCUGACCUGGUCUCUUGGAGGCGUCAGAAGAUCUAACAAGGAUUUCUUUACCCCCAGCAUGUCCUAGAAUAUGUUCUGGAGAGAAUAACUCAGGCUCCCCUCAAAAAGUACCUAUGUUCAAGUGAGGGAGGGAAACACCUGGUUAAAUCAAUAUGAACAGGCAUUCUUAGCUGCAGGACUUGUCAGAGACUUUAGAGAGGUCAUAUGCCUUUGUUUAAAGUGGGCAGCUUUCUUCAAGUGUCCUUAUUUGAAAACAGGCCCUCUUUAUCCCAGAACAUCUAAGAUGCCCUUGGAAAAAGUUAGUCAAGUGUGACCAGAAGGAGUCCCUUCUCCCCACCCCCAUCUGCACUCACCCUUUCUAACUACAAGAGACACAGUGACGAUCUCAAACAGCCUCUAAAAACAACUGGAAGAAGCUUUGGUUUAAAGAAGACACAUGCCACCUCUGAAGAAGGGUCUAGAACUAAGUUUCCAGUCUGUGCUUUGGGCUGGGGUCCUGCUAGGUUCCUUCUGGCCCUACGAAGCCAGAUCUCUGCCUGGAGGCUACACUCUCAGCACUCCCUGUGAUCCUAGCUCACUUCAGCUCAAGUUCAGGAACUAUUAGGGACUAUCCACUCUGCCUUGGGCAGGACGCCAGUCUUCAUGUCCAGAACCUUCCAGCCUCCAAGCCAGGACACUAAGCCCUCUCCUCCCACCUGAUCCAACAGUGAUGCUACAGCUGGGGGUUCGAGGGAGGUGGGAGUGGGGGGCAGAGCCGGCCUUGGCCUGGGUCUGGAAGACCAGGGGCUCCCUAUGAGCUUCCAUCAGAGGUCAGGGUCAGAGAAGGGCCACAGCCACUCUGCCACCCACUCCCAUCACAGUCACCCUCCUCCGGCCUGAUGAGACCAGCACUGCCCUGCCGUCUUCAGCCAACACCUAGACCAGCCGAGACUAUCCUGCUCUCCCACUAGGGUACGCCUCUGUCUUCCGGAGGGUUUCUCCUGGAUAAGGCUGGAGUGAUGGAAAUGGGCCACCUUUUCCCACCUGUCCUUGAGUCUCACCUCAGACAGUCCCCCAAGCAAAGCCAGCAGCACAGAUUAACGCUGAUCUCUUUGAAAAAAACAAAGAGGUGGUUGCCAAUAGUGGACUUGCGGGCAUGAGGGGGAAAGUACCAAGGGACAGGGUGCUGCCCAGAAGGCCCACGUGGCCUCGCACACCAUUUGCUAGCCAGGCUUUUAUUUAGCGUCUACUGUGUGCCCGGUCAUGCUGUGGGUAGGGCUCUGGAAUUGGACAGACCUGCUUCAGCUCCUGGACUUGAGGCCCGUGGCUCAGCCUCUCAAGGCCUCAGUUGCCUUGUCUGUGAAAUGGAAAUGACGCUCCCUCCUGGCUGGGCCGUGGCAGGAGGCGAUGAAACUGUGUAUGUCAGCUUUGUAACAGGGCUCGGCACGAGCAGGUGCCUAAUAAAAUUUAGUGCCCAAAAAGGAAA